AUGUCUUCCAACGUUGUGAACCUGGACGCGCCCCGCUGGGACCAAAGCACAUACACUGGCCGUGCCAAGCACUUCUUCGCCACUACCAACCCACUUAACGUGCUGGCCAGUGAUGCCGAGCUGGACGCUGCCAAGCAGCUCGUGGAGGAGUACAAGGCUGGUCAGCACCCCAACCUGAGCGAGGACGAGAUCUGGAAUGCCAAGCAGCUCGUAGACAGCGCCUUCCACCCGGACACGGGCGAGAAGAAUUUUCUGGCUGGUCGUAUGGCCUUUCAGGUGCCCGGAAACAUGAUUAUCACGGGUUGCAUGAUGACUUUCUACCGCUCCACGCCCGCUGUCAUUUUCUGGCAGUUUAUGAACCAAACUUUUAACUCCAUCGUCAACUACACGAACCGUAAUGCCAGUACGGGUGUGAGCCAGGAGCAGCUGCUGCAGGCUUAUGUAGCCGCCAGUACGGCCUCGGUGGCCACGGCUCUGGGACUCAACAAGUUUGUGGCGAAGCGUCCGAAGCUCAGCAACGGCAUCGUCGGCCGUCUCGUGCCCCUCGUGGCUGUGGCAGCCGCUAACUGCGUCAACAUUCCGCUCAUGCGUCAGCGUGAGUUGCUCGGCGGUAUUGAAGUGGAGACCGACGACGGAGAGAAGAUCGGCAAGAGCAAACGCGCUGCCGUCGAGGCUGUGGCUCAGGUCGUGCCCUCGCGUAUCCUCAUGGCUGUACCGGGCAUGUUCUUCCCGCCUCUCAUCAUGAACAAGUUGGAGCAGCGUCCGCUGUUCCGUAACAACAAGGCAGUCAACGCCCUAACAAUGGUGGGACUCACCGGUGUGUGUCUGAGCUUCUCGACUCCGCUCUGCUGCGCUCUGUUCCCGCAGCGGAGCUCCAUGACCGUGUCGUCACUUGAGCCUGAGCUGCAGGAGACGAUCCGUCAGCGCACGUUCAAGAAGGACCCGGUGACGCACGUCUUCUACAACAAGGGCCUCUAA